GCGCAGAUGCUACGCUUCCAGGUCAAGGAGAACUAUGGGAUACUGUAAUAUGACCAUCACACACACUAAAUAAGCUGAUAUAGCCAUGUUUAUAUACUUUUCGAUAAAGUUUUACUCGAUUUGAUAAAUUUUCGCGCUCUAUUUCACUACUUAUUUUCUCCGAUAAUGAAUUUACUCAUCCUUACGUAAUAGAUCAUCUUCCAACUGACCUGCCUGUUGGCAGAAAUGCCGCAUUUCACGGGAACUAUGAAAUUGAAGAUAUGUGAAGCGGUGGAUUUGCGUCCGACAGAAUUCUCGACCAGGCAUGCAAAUGUUGUCGGAAAAAACACUCCCAUGCUUAUCGACCCUUAUGUUGCAGUCGAUGUCGAUGAAAUCCACGUCGAUCGCUCCUCUACCAAGCAGAAGACAUUCAAGCCGGUAUGGAACGAGUUUUUCUCGACCGAUAUUCAUAGCGGCCAGAAUUUGGGGUUGACUGUUUUCCACGAUGCGGCGAUACCGCCAGACGAUUUCGUAGCGAAUUGUAAUAUUUCGUUUGAUGAGCUUUUGAAUUCUUCGAAAGAAUCCGGAAAAUACGAGUCUGACGUUUGGAUUGAUUUAGAACCUGGAGGCAAAAUUCAUGUUGUUAUUGAACUUAUUCCACAAGAAAAUGCUACCCAGAAGCCAAAGGUCUUCAAAGAGAGGCAGGGCCUCAACAGACGGCGCGGAGCGAUGCGCCGCCGCGUUCAUCAGGUCAAUGGUCACAAAUUUAUGGCAACUAUUCUUAGGCAACCUACUUUCUGUUCUCAUUGCAGAGAAUUCAUCUGGGGCUUGGGCAAACAAGGGUAUCAGUGUCAAGUAUGCACUUGUGUUGUUCAUAAAAGAUGUCACGAAUUUGUUGUCACCAAAUGUCCUGGUUCCAGAGAUGCAACGACAGAUGAGGUUGCAGGAGGAGGUGGGAGUCGAUUUAACAUAAACAUCCCUCAUAGAUUCACUGUUCAUAAUUAUAAAAGGCCUACAUUUUGUGACCAUUGUGGUUCGAUGCUUUACGGAUUGUUCAGACAAGGUUUGCAGUGCGAAGCUUGCAGUAUGAAUGUUCAUAAACGUUGUCAGAAGAAUGUCGCCAACAAUUGUGGCAUAAAUCCGAAGCAAAUGGCAGAAAUUCUGAGUGCACUUGGAAUAUCAAGUGAUAAAUUAGGAAAGCCUACAUGUAGGAAGAAAAAGCCUUCAAUCAGCGAAUCUCCAAACAAAAUGGGUCAGAUGACAGAAAGAGCACAUACUUCACCUUUACCUUCAGAUUUAGAUUCACGAGAAUAUUCUGGAGAUUCUCGAGUUGAGAAGUAUCAGUCCUUCUUUCCAAACAAUCGUGGAGAUCUUACACUACUUGAUAAAGACAGACCUAAAAAAUUAGGUCUGGAUGAUUUCAUUUUUAUUAAAGUUUUGGGUAAAGGAAGCUUUGGAAAGGUUUUAUUGGCUGAGAGAAAAGGAACAGAUGAAGUAUAUGCAGUCAAAGUUUUGAAAAAAGAUGUCAUUCUACAAGAUGAUGAUGUUGAUUGCACUAUGACAGAGAAAAGAAUUCUUACCUUAUCUGCCAAACAUCCCUUCCUCACUGCUCUCCAUUGUUGUUAUCAGACAGAGGAUCGCUUAUUCUUUGUUAUGGAGUAUGUAAAUGGAGGUGAUUUAAUGUUUCAAAUUCAGAAGGCGAGGAAAUUUGAUGAACCUCGGGCUAGGUUCUAUGCUGCUGAAGUCACUUUGGCCCUGAUGUUCCUGCAUCGUAAUGGAGUUAUUUAUCGCGAUUUGAAGCUGGACAAUAUCUUAUUGGAUAGUGAAGGACACUGUAAGAUCGCUGAUUUUGGUAUGUGCAAGGAAGGUAUAAUUGAUGGAAAUACAACCACUACAUUCUGUGGUACACCUGACUACAUUGCACCAGAAAUACUUCAAGAACUGGAGUAUGGUCCGUCUGUUGACUGGUGGGCACUUGGGGUGCUGAUGUAUGAAAUGAUGGCAGGGCAGCCACCAUUCGAAGCUGAUAAUGAAGAUGAUUUGUUUGAAAGUAUUCUGCAUGAUGAUGUCCUCUAUCCAGUAUGGCUUAGUAAAGAAGCUGUUUCUAUUUUAAAAGGGUUCAUGACGAAGAACCCUGCUAAACGCCUGGGCUGUGUCGCAUCUCAGGGGUAUGAAGAGGCCAUAUUACAUCAUGCAUUUUUCAAGGAGGUAGAUUGGGAGGCUUUGGAAGCCAGAAAAGUCAAACCUCCCUUUAGGCCAAAAAUUAAAACCAAACGUGACGUGAAUAACUUUGACCAGGAUUUCACGAAAGAGGAGCCAGUUUUGACGCCAGUGUCCUCGGAGGUCCUGCGAAACAUCAACCAGGAGGAAUUCCGUGGUUUCUCCUUUGUUAAUGAAGAUUACAAUCCUGCCAAAUUUCUAUGUGACGGUCCCGCAACAUAGUGUCUUGUACCAAACGUGUAUAGCAAGGACUCCCUUAUUGUUGUGUCUAGUCAUUAGUUUUGUAUUUGUACCACCUCUUCAUGUACAGUUUAAAAUGGCCUCCGCACAGGUGUUCUAAUUCAUAGACGGACUAGGCUCUUCACGCAUCAUUAAUUUAUUUUCCAGUGACUGUGCUGCAUGUGUCAACUAGCUAUUUAUCUGUUUUUGUAUGGUUGUGUAUUUAUUUUUUUAAGUCACUUUUUUAACUUGAGUUUUAAAAUCAGUUUCUUCCUUUCAUUUUUUUUUUUUUUUUUCUUUUAAAGAUAGUGUUGCUUGCAGGUACUGUAUCCACGAAUAAAACAUUUUUCGCAAAUAUUCUGCCUACAGAUCAAACAUUGCUUGCAGGUGCUGUACAUACAUUAUUUGCUGGUUUGGUGCCCACAAAUAUCUGCUGAAGGAAUGUUAUGCCACCUGGUGGUGAAUUCGGAGAUUUUAUACUUAAUAAUAAUUGAAUUAUUAUGUCAUUAUUACAUUAGGAUCCUGUGAUUAAUAAAAAAAAUAAAAACUAAAAACAAUACAACAUUUUUUUUUUUUUUUGAAAUUCGACUUUUUAGCUCAUUUAUAAAAGUGUAUUUAUAAAAAAGAGUUUUUUUUUUUUUUUUUUUUUUUUUUUAAUUUAGAACAUUUAUUAGCAUGAAGGAAAGGAAGUAAAUUAAAUCAAAUUCAUAAUAAAUAAGUACCCAACACCAGGUAUUCCAUACCAAAUGCAUGCCAAAGUAAAGAAAAAAUCUUGUUAAAUGACAUUAAAUUUCCUAAUCUCAAGACUACAAGGAGAAUCUUGUCGAAAAAUGUUAAAUUCUUUUUAAGGAUUGUUGAAUUUGAUGUUAUUGAUGAAAAAAAUAUUCAUUGAUACAGUACCUUCAAAUAACACUGUAUCGGUUGAUACAGUAUCUGCAAGAAAAGAAAGUCAAUAAAUGUUUCCAAAUAAGGUUUUAUCUGUAGGUACAUAUGUGCAAAUGUCGCCUUAUCAGUAGGUAUAGAACCUGCAAAAGAUGGAAGUCAGUUAACAUUUUAUCCAUAGGUAAAAGUACCUGCUUAAUAACGCCUUAAUCAUUAAAGGAACUGCAAAGGGGAAAAGUCAAAUAACAUUUUAACAGUAGGUACAGUACCUGCAAGUACACUUCUUUUUUUAAAAGCCUCUAAAAGGGCCUGAACAUGAGAUGGUUCAUAUUCUCGCUUAUUGUCAGCCCUUUUAUUAAUAGAUAUGCAAUUCAGUGUGACAUUAGACCAGGAGUCAGAUGACUUUCUGUAGUUUUGACCUGCAUUCUUCUCCCUUGGAACUGGAGUGUGUCUCGGAAGAUUUAUAUACCUAAAGAUAACAAUGAAUAUGCAUAUAUAUGUUGUUUAUUCUGUGCCAGCUAUGGAGUAACUUAACACAUUAUUUACAAAAAAGAAUAUGCAAAUAAAGUAGGAAAAAAUUGUUACCUAUUAUGCAAUAUUUUUCUUAGAAUUGGAGAAUAUGCAAUUCAGAAUUAACAAUGUUAUUAAAAAUGUCACAUUUUUAUAAGUUUUGUGUGUUUUAUUUACUUGUUAUAUUUGCACUUUCUAGUCAGUGAGAAU